AUGGCUGAGCGAGUCCGCGCGUUCAUUGCACCUCACACCCAAUUAGCAGAAUCGCCUGUCUAUCGCGAGGCAGACAACACCCUGCACUACGUUGAUGUUUUGGGGCAAAGGAUCACUAUUCUCAACCUCAGUGACUUGCAUCGGUGCACAAUUGACUGUCCAGAGCCGGUCACAUUUCUCGCAUUCCAUAAGGACGGGGGCUACAUUGUCUGCUCGUUCUCGUCUAUUGUGCGAGUGUCGGACGACGGUACAUGGAGAAUUAUGAUGCGGGUUGUUGAGGACACGACAAUAGAGCGUCUUAACGACGGUGGCAUUGACUCUCAGGGAAGACUAUGGGUAGGCAGUAUUGAUAGGGUUGGAGAAACCAUACCAAAGCUAUCCGGUGAAACAACCAACCAUCAGGGCAAAGGAUCUAUCUAUCGAUAUGAGCUGGAUGGCACGCUAUCCAUCCCCCAAGACGGCGGAGUGAUUGCCGGAAACGGGCUGUGCUGGUCGCCCGACAACAGGACGAUGUAUCACGUAGACUCCUACCGCAAUUGCAUUUGGGCGUACGCAUUUGACGCCGCGGCGGGUACAAUAAGAAACAGAACGAUUGUGGUGCAGCGGAGAGUGGACGAAGGCGAAGCAGACGGCCUGCUGGUUGACCGUAGUGGCAAUCUAUAUACCUUCAUCUGGGAGGGUGGAUGUGUGCUGAGAUACAGCGGCACUACUGGCGAGAUUCUUCAGAAGUGGGAUCUAAAUGCGACGAGAGUCACUCAUGGCGCAUGGAUCGGACCAGAGUACACCAAUCUACUCGUUACUACGGCCAAGAGCGACGACGAGCUCCCAGCCUGGGAGGGAGAAGAGGGUGGCGGUCUAUUUUGUAUCACGGGCUGUAAAAGCGCUGGGCUGCGCAAAAAGUUGUUUGGAGUGUAG